AGCGCACACAGCCUUGCGGCAGAAUACGCAAGCAACAGACUGAUGAUCUCAAUCCCUUGACCAACAACGACCUAGUAUCUGAUCUGCGAUCAAGCAUGUCGCGAUUCAUCUCGGGCCUUCAGAAGGUCCUGAAGUCGGAUCAUGGGCAAGGCAGCAGCCAGCAAGGAGGUGGUCCUGGCCCGGCCCCCUCCACUUCCACCUCCUCACAGCCCGCCCAUCCUCCCAGUCUAGGGCAAGGCGGCAAGGUCUCUGUAGGCUAUUUCCCCAACUGGGGCAUCUACGAUCGUGGCUUCAAGCCGCAACAUAUCCAGGUCACCUCUCUCACCCAUCUGUUGUACUGCUUUGCCGACACUCGGCCCGAAUCAGGUGAGGUGUUCCUCAAUGACGCCUGGGCCGAUGAGCAGAUCCACUACGAUGGUGACUCGUGGGACGAAGACCAGUCAAGGACACUCUUUGGCAACCUAAAGGCUAUCUACGCCCUCAAGAAGCCAAACAGACAUCUUAAAGUCCUGCUCUCCAUCGGCGGGUGGACCUUCUCCUCGCACUUUGCACCCGUAGCAACGGACCAAGCUAAGCGUGGGAACUUUGUGAACACGGCAGUGACCAUCGUCAGGGACUACGGCUUGGACGGACUGGACAUUGAUUGGGAGUAUCCCGCCAACGACAGGGAAGCAAGAGCCUACGCGGAUCUGCUGAGGGAGCUCAGAGGCGGGCUGGACACCCUGGGCCGGGAGCUACAAGUCGAGAGGCCCUUCCAGCUGACCAUUGCUGCGCCUGCUGGGCAAGAGCAGGCACAGAAGCUGCACAUCGCAGAGAUGGAUCGCUACCUCACUUACUGGAACCUCAUGACGUACGACAUGGCCGGCUCGUGGGACAAGGUGGCUGGUCAUCAGGCACCCCUGUUCAGUGCGAACCCAGGAGCUCCUUCGGUAGAUUCGGCAGUUCAAUUCUACCUGCGGGCGGGUGUGGCGCCUCAGAAGAUCGUAAUGGGCUUACCCCUGUACGGGCGCGCAUUCGAGCACACGGAUGGUCCCGGCAGGCCGUUCCGUGGAGUGGGCAAAGGAAGCUGGGAGGAAGGGACGUGGGACUACAAGUCACUACCGUUGCCCGGAUCGAACGAGACGUACGAGCAAGGCAUCGUCGCUGCGGGAUGCUACGACCAUCACAAGAAGAAGUUUGUCAGCUACGACAACAUCGAUAGCGCAAUGGUCAAGAAGCGGGUAAGUGGCCAGAAGAGAGCGCGGGAGUUGAUAUCGACGGCGAAACGAAUCGUUCACAUCUGCUGUAUUGCUUCGCCUCCAGUACAUCGAGGAGCACAGUCUGGCGGGUGCAAUGUAUUGGGAGCUCACUAGCGACCAUCCUCAGAGCUCGGACAAGAGCAUCAUCUCCCGAAUGGCCAGAGAGUUCGGCAGCUUGGACGCCACGCC